AUGCUGGCCAAGGUGCUGCGCCACGGGGACCGCGUCUGCGACCUGGGCGCCUUCGCGGGGCACUACUCCGCGUGGCUGAACGACACCGGUCUCGUGACGGCGCACGCCUACGACGCGGCCGAGGACAUAGAGGUCUACACAGAGGGCCGGGUGAGGCACGCCAGCCUGGCGGACGCGUCCUUGGACGUUGGGCUGUGCGACGUGUCCCUCUGCCUUGAGGCGCCGGCGCUGCGCAACCUCGACAAGCACUCAAGGCGCGCGCUGGUGGUGAGCUGGGCGCUGCCGGACAUCCCCGCCGUGGGCCACCACAACCCGAAGUCCGCCGCGGAGGCCAGGGAGGCGAUCUCUGGGGACCGAGGGAUAGCGCGACUGGCAUGA